ACCACAGCUGCUCCAACCACAACCACAGAGGCUCCAACCACAACCACAGCAGCAACAACUACAACCACAGCAGCUCCAACAACAUCCACAGCGGCUCCAACCACAAUCACAGCGGCUACAACCACAACCACAGUAGCUACAACCACAACCACAGCUGCUCCAACUACAACAACAGAGGCUCCAACCACAACCACAGCUGCUCCAACCACAACCACAGCAGCUACAACCACAACCACAGCAGCUACAACCACAACCACAGCUGCUCCAACGACAACCACAGCUGCUCCAACCACAACCACAGAGGCUCCAACCACAACCACAGUAGCUACAACCACAACAACAGCAGCAACAACUACAACCACAGCGGCUCCAACAACAACCACAGCGGCUCCAACUACAACCACAGCGGCUCCAACAACAACCACAGUAGCUACAACUACAACCACAGCUGCUCCAACCACAACCACAGCUGCUCCAACAACAACCACAGCUGCUCCAACCACAACCACAACUGCUCCAACCACAACCACAGCGGCUCCAACCACAACAACAGUAGCUACAACUACAACCACAGCUGCUCCAACCACAACAACAGCUGCUCCAACCACAACCACAGCAGCUACAACCACAACCACAGCGACUCCAACAACA